AUGGAGCCGCUCAACACGGGCGUCGGGAGGCGCACGUCGGUGAUGGGAGACUCCGCCACGACACCUGUCUCGACUCUCCCCGGAAACGGCUUCAAUGCUCCUCCUUCUCCUUGGAUCGAUCAGUCAAGUCGAGUACCACAGACUCCUCGAGUAGGCGCGACACCGCAGCUCGGACGGCAUCACCGCAAGAGCUCGACGGGAACCGCCUUUCCGCCUUCUCCGACUUCGAAGUGGUCGAGCUGGUUCGGGGGUGGCAAGGCGGGCGAUGGGCGGAAGGACAGAGAUGGACACCUGCCGACGUUUGGGAAGCGCGCGAGUGCGGCGCCGGCGCGGCCGUUCUACUCGGAAGGAGCGGGUCGAAGAGGGACGGCAUCUCCACUUAUCCUCGCUCGCAACAUUGCUUUGCGACCGUUCUACCUCCUUGGACGACGAGGGCCUCUCCUUCCCAUCAUCGGCUUCGUCACCUUCAUCCUCCUCUACCUCACCUACUCGACUUCGCCUUCGUCUCAAUCCGUGAAGCUCCGCGUUCAAGGCGCUGUCGGGCCCUACAUUCCGCAGCGAGCAGCAGAUGCGAUACGGUGGCGAGGAGCAGGCUUGAAACAAGCUCCGCUCGGCGCGGACAACCUGCUCGGCGGCGCAGGCGGCGUGGGACAGCAGCCCGUCGUGAAGAAGGCUGCUCCGCUCAAGCCUGAGGAGCUGCCCCCGGUCGGCAUCGACUCGCGCAUCAAACUCGAGGAGGGCAAGACUCACCCGAUUCCGGGGCUCAUGGCGCAGGCGAAGCAGAAGUGGGAGGACUUGAAGAACUCGCAGAGCCGGACGUUCGCGCAGGCUGUCAAGGAGUACAAGCGGCGGAACGGGCGGAAUCCUCCAAAGGGGUUUGACCGAUGGUACGCCUUCGCGAAAGCGCACAAGGUCCUCCUGAUCGACGAGUUCGACCUCAUCGACAAGGACCUCCUCAUGUACCGCGCCUUCAAGCCCAGCGUCUUCCGCAAGCGCAUCGGAGUUAUGCAAGAAGUCGUCGACACGACCUGGACGAUCCGGGUCGAGAACGGCAAGGUCCUCCGCGAGGGCCCGCUUGCGCACCACGACCGCGCGAGGGGCGUAGAGUUCCUCAUGAGCCGAUUCGCGCACUUCUUGCCCGACAUGACGAUCGUCUACAACGGGCACGAUGGAGCGAGGAUUGCGGUCGCGGCGGAGGAGCGGAUCAGGCUGGAGGACUUGGCGAAGAAGGGCGAAUACGACGACGAGGAGGAGCCGCCGUUCUGGCCAAAGGAGCGCGGUCCGUUCCCGCACUGGGGCUACCCGAUCUUCUGUCCUCCCGGCAGUCCCGCGCGCGAACUCGGCUUCGAAGGCUACGGCUACCACGCCUCGCUCGACGCAACAGGGUUCGAAAUGCCCUCGCAUCCGGAAGAGUCGAUCGGCUCGCUCGUCGGCGACUUCAAAGGCUACAUGGACGUCUGUUAUGCGCCUCACUACCGCCACACGCACGCUACGACCUCGUGGGUGUUCGAGCACCACCCGACUCGCGUCAUGCCGCUCUUUACGCCGGGAGUGCAGACCACCUUCGGGGACGUGCACGCCUUGAUCGUCGAGCAGCUCGAGCUCGAGUCGCAGCACGAUCCGGCAUGGGAGGACCGACCGUUCACGAGCCUGCACUGGAGGGGUCAGACGUCUGGCCCUUUGUGGGAAAGCAAGACGCCCUGGCGGACCUCUCAGCGCUCUCGACUCCACCUCCUCUCGCAUCAAGAAGACGGGUUCCGAAACAUCACCAUCACAGACGAGAACGACGUCAUGCGCUCAGUCGAAGUUCCCAACUACCGCCUCAACCCGCUCUUCCUCGAUACCGGCAUGGUCGGACCGCCUGUCCAGUGCGUCAAGGAGGACGGGACGUGCGACAAGAUGUUCGAGGUCUUCCAGGGCUACGACAAGCGCGUGUCGUUUGACCGGGCGAGCUUGUACAAGUUUGUGCUCGAUGUCGACGGCAACAGCUGGUCUGGUCGCUUCCGCCGUCUCAUGCUCUCGAACGCCGCAGUCGUCAAGGCGACCGUCUUCCCCGAGUUCUGGACGGACUGGGCUAUUCCCUGGCUGCACUUCAUCCCAAUGCAGGUGGACUACGCCGACAUGUGGGACAUCCUCGCGUUCUACCGAGGCGGGAUCAACGGCGAAGGCGCGCACGACGACCUCGCGAAGGAUAUUGCCGUCGCGGGCAAGGAAUGGGUCAAGCAGUGCUACCGGUGGGCCGACCUCGAGGCUUACCAGUUCAGGCUCCUCCUCGAGUAUGGACGGCUCUUCAAUGACGAGACUGAGCCUGGCAGUAACGACUUCACAGGCGAUACGUCUGUCGAACCGCGGUGGAAUGGUCCGGUGAAGCUGCAGUAG